AUGUCAUCUCCCAGGACAGUUGUGCCUCCUCGACCGCAAAUAACUUCACACAUGUACAGCCUACCAGUCCGAAGGCUGAAAGAGAUUCUCAGCCAUGUGGUACCAACCGCAAAUCUGGGUCCUGUCGAAGAAAUUUCAUCAACACAACUUCCGAGACUAUACCAGCUCAAUAUGUCCGACGACCGCAAACUACUUCUCUCGUUCGCACCAAGUCUCAUGACACGUCUACUUCGACAAGAAGCAGCAAUCAUCUCGUCUGAAGCGACACUAGUCCACUUCAUUGCUGGAACAGAAAGAACUUUGGAAAGGGCGGUCUCACCAUGCAGUGAGAUUGAUACCCCGGGCUCGAAAACAGUUUCAAAUCUGAUUCCCAAGAUUCUCAAGUCCUCUUCGAAUAAUAGGGAAUUGGCAUAUCCUUAUACAAUUUCCGAACCAACUGGUGGUGUUCCACUUUCCACACUAUCUGUAUAUCUCAGUAUUCCUGAGCGUCGGGAGAUUGACAAACAAAUUGGGUCCAUGGCUCGGGCACUUGCUUCGCUCACAUCCCCUACUGGCACUUUCGGCACUGUUAGUCAUGUGCUUCCUGAUCCAUAUGGCAAGAAUUCCGGUCCCCAAGCAGCACUACCUUCACCACCAGUCGGGUGCAAAAAGUGGUCGGAAGCUUUUAAUCUGUUACUAGAAGGCAUUCUGCGAGAUGGCGAAGACGUAUUGGUACUCCUUCCUUAUGCUAUCAUCCGAGCGCACUGUCGACGACUCUCAUGGCAUCUGGAUGCCGUCACAAUACCUCGUUUGGUCGUGCUCGACGUGAGCAGUGAGCGGAACGUCAUGGUGGAAAGAGGGGGUGAGGACUGUGCAUCUUACUCCGGCAAAGAGAUCAAGAUGACUGGUCUCCGUAGUUGGAGUCUGGGGGCCUUCGGCGAUCCACUGAUUGCAGACGCUUUUGACAAGCCGUCCGAAGGCUUUUUAGAAGGAUGGAAUGGAGGCGGAGAAAGCGUGGUGGAGGAUGAGAAGAAUGUCGGAAUACGAUUACUGUUAUAUCGGGUCUUCAGCGCCGCUGUAAGCAUAGUAACAGAGCACUAUCGACCACAAAUCGAUAGCAGUAGGAAAGAACUCGAUGGUCGGAGAAAGUUGACGAGUGUUUUAGCCGAACUAGAGAAGGUGGAUCUUAUCCCAUGUGACGUGCUGAAGAGAGGCCGGAGGCCAUCUGGCGAGGAGAUGGUAUAG